AUGCAAAAGCACUUUAGACCUCGCUGUGGUGGACUUUACUACCACCUGAAGCCGGAGAAAUCGGGAUGGGUAUUUUCAAGUAGGUACAGACCUGGGUGUUUCGAAACGUGAUGGUAAACGGGGGGAGUCGGGUGCGUUUAGCCGCAGGGGGGUAAAAUGUUGGGAUUUCUGCAUAUAAUUAAUGAACUGAAUUUUAUUAUUUAAUGAACUGAAAUUUGUGAUAUGUUAUUACCACAACCUUCAUUACAUAUAAAUUAGUUUAGAAAUAAAGUUUACAUUGCUUGCGGAAGUUAUACAUGUGUUGCUAAACAAGGUAUGAAACAUUUUGGAUUUAUUUGAUCGGGGGGAGGGGUUGUGGAGUAACCUUAUUUUAAUCCUUGCCUAGAAAAAAGACUGGUUAACUCAUUUCCCAUGUUGAACUAUUUCAGUAUUUUAUGCUUAAAUGCUGAAUUGGAUAAGGCUUCAAAAAUUAAAUUGAAUUAACCGGAAACAUCCGGAAUCCUGACUUCCUCUUUUCCACGUGCAUUGUACAUGUUGCAUGCUGGAAUGUAAAGUCUGUAAAGACUGUUAAUCAAGCUUGAAAUGUUUUGACGAAUUCUCAAUGAAAGGCGUGUAUAUAGUGUGCUAUCUCUUAUGCUUGUUUAUGAUUUUUGAGACUAUAUCAGAGCGACUUGGUAAGCUUAUUCAAUUGUUUUGAUACUUAUAUUUAGACAUGGGACUAGCAUGUGCCAUAUAUGCAUUGACAUUACUGGAUAUUAAUCAAUAGACUAUACGCUUAAAUUCAAUUUAUUUGUAUGCAAAGUUUAUCUUUUGCUUAUAAGUAAUGGUAUUCAAAUGCAUUUUGAAAUUUUAACUGAGAUUCAUUGCUACUUUGUCUUUUCGAUUUCAUAUGAUAAUUAUACAUAAAUAUUUGCGAAAGUCUAAAUUUAGGCAUGCGCUAAGUUUGUAAUAUUUGUAAAACAAUAACUUAAAGGCAAUGCUAAUUUGGAAUUGAAAGAAUUCAUAAGUGACUCACCUGCAGAUAUACAAUAUUGCUGAAAAGUAAAGUCAGCUUUUCUAAAAAUUACUGAUUAAUGUGAGUGAGAAAAUUUGAAUCAAUUUUUGCAGAUGUGGCAGACUUAAAGUGUGUGGUUCAUUAUGAUAUUGAUGACGGAAAAUACAGUAACAUAAAACAGUUGUCAGAAGUUAACUUGGAACGAAUUCAGCAAGCGAAAACUCUACGAGAAUCAAAGGGUGGCUCUAACCAUCACAAAAAACAGUGCGAUUCUGUCCCAGAGCUAAAUCAGUUCAAUCCGUCGUUACACGGCGUUCAUCUAGAACCGUGCGAUAAAAAGUUUGUUCUGAUACUUUCUCAAGAAAAAAGGAAACAUUCCGAAAGCUCUCCCGAUUCACAACCAAAUGUAACGCGCUUAAAGCGUGGUGAAUCCAGCUCUGAUUGCUCUCGUAACCUUUAUCCAAAGGAAUGCAAUUUCUGCAAAAAAAACAGG